AUGAGUGAGUAUGAGAACUACGCCUUUAUGCUGCAACACUCUGUCCAAGCUAUCCAACAUGCCCACUCCCUCUCCAUGCAUGCUUUUGAAACGAGGGAGAGGUUGGCCGACAUGAAGAGGGAGGUUUCUGCUCUUAAAAAUGAGAGCAAAACUCUUCAGUCAAAAAUGAAAAAACUGGAGGACCAAGCUGAGGCCGCCACUAAAGCCCGAAGUCUAGCCGAGGAAAAAGCUGAAGCCACCGAGGCAAUUAAGAAGGUCGCCGAAGCCGAGAAGAAAGAGGCCGAGGACAAAAAGGCCCAAGCGGAAAAGGAAUUUCAAGAUGCUUUAUUUACUAAGGAUGCCGAAAUCAAGGCGGUCGACGAAAAGGCCUAUGCCCAGGGUAUGGCCGAUGUUACCGAGGAGUAUAAACUUCAGGUUAGUCAACCCGAAGGAGGAUCUGAAUCUGAGUCUGAAGAUGCCGAUGAGGAAGAGGAUGAGGCCUUGGUCAGAAAAUCAAGGGAUGCUGAUGGGGCUAAGUCCUCUCUUCUGAAUGAACAAGUCCUUGACCUGACUCAAGAUGAAGAAGGUGAUGAGGUUAUCCCUGAAGCUGUUCCUGACACUGUUCCAGCCGACAUCCCUUCCGAGGUUAAGACUGUUGAACAAACUCUUCAGGAAAUUGACGCCGAAAUAGCAGCAGAGAAGGAGGCCGAGGUUGUAUCAGAUCUCCAAAUUCAACAAUCCGGAGGAGAAGACCCUUAG